AUGAAGAUCUCAUCCAGAUCAAUCCUCAGUCCAGCCAGGGCUGGGGCUGCUCGUGACCCACCGCCGCUUUCCCUCUCAAACUCCCACAGCCGUAGGCUCAGAAACAGUCGUAGCAUCAAAGGCGGCGCGUCUCCCGCAAUGUUCCCAGCCACCGGUAAAAAAAGAGGAAGCGGUUUCGAAAACCCAGAACCGUCUUCCCCUAAAGUUACCUGCAUUGGUCAGGUUAGGGUGAAGAGCAAGAAGAAGCACGCAAAAAAUCUGAGGAGUUUAUCGAGACGACGGAGCGCCGGCGAAGUUAGUUUCAGGAGAUUGGAGCAUUCCGGUAAUGGGUUUGGUAGUCAAAGUCAAAAUCUUGGUUCUAAUCAAGAGUGUUUACCAUUGCAGAGGAAUAAUCAGAGAUGGGUUCAUUUACCAUUGACGAUUUGUGAAGGUUUAAGAGCUUUUGGGUCUGAGGUUAGCUGUUUGUUUCCUUGCCGGUCUUCGUGUUCUUCAACGACGGCGAUGGAGAAAGAGGAAAAGAUGGUUGGGGAAAACAGACAGGGGUCUUGUGGUGCGGGGUUCGCACGGUGGUUGGUGGCAUUGCAGGAAGGAGAUGGAGGUGGAAGAGAUACCGGUGGUGGUGGUGGUGGCGAGAGAGAGGUUGAGUUAGUCGCCGGAUACGAUGAUGACGAGAAUGAGGAAAUUGAUGAGAUUGGUAUUAAGAAUUCAAGAAGACAUGUGUUCCAAGACUUGGAGAUUGUAAACAACAGCGUCUUGGGGACAAUCGAUGAAGCUAGGGUGAGUACUUGUGUACCACCUAAAAAUGCUUUGUUAUUGAUGAGAUGUAGAUCUGAUCCUAUGAAGAUGGAGGCUCUCACGAAUCGAUUCUGGGAACCAAAUAUGGAGAAAAACGAAGAGGAAGAAGAAGAUGAAGAUGAAGAAUCUUUUAAGAAUGAAGAGAAAAUUGAAGAGAGCGUAAUUCCUGAAAAUCUUCAGCCGGAGGAAGAAGAAACACACAUGGGUUUAAUUGAAGUUGGUAAUCAAGAACAUGAUGAUUUACAAGAGAAAGCAAUCGAUCAAGAAAAAACGGAAAAGAAAUUAGAACUGGAAAUGGAAAAGAAAGUUCAAGAAGAAGAAGUGGAAACAAAUCCAGAAAUGGAAACAAAACAGAGUAUUGAAGAAGAAGAAGAAGAAGAUAAUCAAGAACAGAGCAUAGAAACUAACGAAGAAGAAGAAGAAAGUAUGUAUCUUUGGUCUUUAUUUGAAGAAAAUACAGAUCAAAAUCAAGAACCUGAAGAAACAGAAGAAGAAGAAGAAGAAGAAGAAGAAGAAGAAGAAGUACAUUCUGAAAUGGAGGAUGCUCAAGAACAAUUAUCCGAAGAUGAAGAUAUUGAAGAAACCGAAGCAUGUGAGUCAAAUUCAGAAUUUGAAGAAGAAAACGAAGAGAUAAACAACAAGAGCAAAAGUUUGCCCGAAUGUUUGUUGCUAAUGAUGUAUGAGCCGAAGCUAUCAAUGGAGGUAUCAAAGGAGACAUGGGUGUGCAGUACAGACUUCAUUCGGCGACACUCCGGUAGAAAACCGCCGCCAGUGCCGCCGCCAAUCAAAUCAAUCGCCGGUGAAGAUGAAUCAAAAUGUCAGCCAGUUUUACAGCAACCAGCUCGAUAUUCAUGUUCAUCAAUGGCGACAAAGUUUGACCAGAAGUUAGUCAACACAAAUGGGUUCGAGCCAUUGAUUCUUACAAGAUGCAAGUCCGAGCCAAUGAAGCUGGCACCAGAAUCUUGUUUCUGGAAAAACAAGCUCGAGCCACCACGCCGAGCUUCAUUUGGCAUUGACGUGGCUGGUUUUGGAUUUUGA